CGCCGCCCACCCUCACCCACCUGCGUCCGUCAAUCCUCCGGGCUGCGCUAGCGACUUCGAGGACCUGGAAGCCGCGGACGCCUACAAAUAUAGGCUCGCCAAAACCUCAACAUGUUGAUCCACACCGACCCCACACCUCCAGUUGUGUACGAUGCCACUGGGUUGCAAUAUCAGACGGAGAAACAGCUUGGCCGGGGAGGCUUCGCUAUCUGCUGGCAAGCACAGCAAACUGACGGCGACCGCACGCCCAGCAAAACGGUCGCCUUGAAGAUUGUUAGGUCCAAGAUGGAACAUACGAAGCUGGCAAAGAAGUUUGUUACCGAGCUGCAAAUCCAUUCAAAACUUCAUCAUCCACAUAUCGUCGAGUUCCUGCGCGCCUUCGCCUUCGAGUCAUCUACAUACGUCGUUCUCGAAAUCUGUCCAAACGAAUCUCUCGCCCAUUGUCUCAAGAAGCGCUCAUAUCUCUCAAUGCCCGAAAUCCGUCGAUACAUAAUUCAGAUUUGUGGUGCUGUUAAAUACCUUCAUAUGCACAAUAUUGUCCAUCGAGACCUGAAGACCGGAAACUUGUUCUUAGACCAGGAGAUGAACGUUAAGGUUGGAGAUUUUGGACUCGCUGCCGUGCUGGUGGGGCCAGAUGAUGCUGCAAUGCGCCGGACAACAAUGUGUGGGACUCCGAAUUACAUUGCGCCGGAGGUUCUCGAGAAGAGCGACAAAGGACAUAAUGAGAAGGUCGACAUUUGGGCUAUUGGUAUUAUUGCCUAUACUCUCGCAGUCGGGAAAGCACCUUUUCAUGCAUCAAAACCCUCGGAAGUCCUUGUCAAGGUUGCGAAGGGUGAAUAUACCUGGCCUGAUCUUGGACGGCAUGAGAAUGAUAUCCCAGACGACCUCCGGAAUCUUGUAUCUCAAAUCCUCGUAGAUGAAAAUUCGCGCCCAGGCCUCGACACAAUCGUUUCAUAUGACUUUUUCAAGAUGGGCUACAUCCCGGAAACUCUCAGCAGUAACGCCACCUCUUGUAGGCCGAAAUGGACCAUCAAGCCACCAAACCAUGCCGCUAUCAAGCGAGGCUACACAGAAGCCUGGUACAAGCAAUGCAAAGCCAGCGGAGUCGGCGAGUAUGCACCCGGACAAUUCUUCUCCGUCGCCGGCCACUCCUCGUCGAAGAGCAUAUACCGGGAGUGCGAGCGAGAGGCCGAGGCCCGCAAGAUGCCUAUCGUUCCGAUGCCUCUAGAUGCCAUCUAUACCCCGUUCGUUUCGAGGAAGAGCAAGGGCAGCACCGGCGGGCUUGAGAACAGCCAAGACCGAGAGUUGUCUACCAAUUCGUCGCAUCUGGUAGAGUCUUCUAUCAACACUAAGUACAGUAUACCCGGCCGCGUCGAAGCGCCACCAAACAAACAGCGGGGUGCAGAACGCCAAGAACCCGUUGCUUCAAUACCUUCCCAUGCGAGGCCACCAGCCUUCUCGUAUACAGAGACUGCACAGAGCGCGCGUCGUCCGGCUGCGUUUCGUUCUAAGACGACACUGAAAGUGACCUCUAUUCCGACAGCAGAGCUGGGAGCGACGAAAUCAGAAGCCGAGCCACAACCGAACUUCACUGAGCAAUGUCCAAUUCGGCCAUCUCGUACGCGAUCAUCUCGGACUACUUCUCGAACUAUCUCUCGAUGCAUAGCGCAAGUCGAAGCUGGAGCUUCUGAGCCUGUACAAUCCAUACGGAGGGGCUCUCAUAACACUGCACGAGCCGCGGAAUCUGGUCUCUCAGAAGCCGUACAAUCCACACGCCCUACGUCUCGUACAGCCGCUCGGACAGUUGCGAGAGUCGCUACUCUUGCUUCUCUUCAAGAGCCCGCGCCUGAAUUUACUAAACAACUACCCAAGCCUGUGCUCCCACCUUCCUCAAGUAAUGUUGUUGCUUCAACAUCGAAGAAACUCGCUGCCCUCGAAGACUCGCUCAUAAAUCUCUAUACCAAUCCAGCCACCAUCCUCGAGCGAGCAGAAGAGCUUCGGAACAAUGUCAUUACCGCACUCACUUGCGCCAGCAAUGCUACAUCCGCUCUCCAUAACUGGAAAUCCUCGCCCGUUCACCUCCCCUUCGUCUCCAAAUGGGUCGACUACAGCAAGAAACAUGGCAUCGGGUACAUCCUCGCCGACGGCAGUAUUGGCGUCGUCGCCAACCACACUGAUGGCAAGCCGCUCACGCAUGUUGUUGUCGACCAUGGCCUUGAGUACCUCAAGACCGCUGAAGACAAUUUGUCACUCAAAACCAUUCCAUUCCUAUACUUUACACAGGCAAAAGACGGCGGUUUGGAGAAAACCGCCGUGGCCGAGGCCGACCGCAAGCGGAACAGCAUCUUGUGGGUUAAAUUCGGGCGGUACAUGCGCAAGCACCUCAGCGAGCAGACGCCCAACAGGGCCAGGGAACAGAAGGAAUCUCCAAUUAUCAUCGUCAGGUACUAUCAACGUGUGGGCAAUGUCAGCGUGUGGGGCUUUAGCAAUGGGUGUUUCCAGUUCAAUUUCCCCGACCAUACCAAAAUCGUUCUUUCCGCCGAUGGCAAAUACAUCUCCUUCACCACGCUCCCGCUCGCCGCCAUCACACACAUGGCCACCCACCCCGCAGACCUCCCCGCCGAACAUAUCAAGACCCGCAAAGUCCUGUCCGGCACCAUUUACCAACUGCUAUACUGCAACCAACCUACCUUGAGCCUGACCUCCAGGUCUACCUCCACAGCCGUCGAAAUAGAAGUCGUGGCACUAGCGACCGCAAAUAAGCUGCCCGCUAAGCUGCAUUUCGUGGCCGAAGUGGUGGCCAACUGGGUUUCUGGGGGUGGCUUGGGAUGCAAGCCGGCGGGAAGUCGGUGGCCGGAGUGGAUGGGUUCGACGUUGGAUUAUGCGUGGAAGAAUAAGACUGAUCACGUUACGGUAGGAAGGUUUGGUGGAGAUAGGAUGCCUAGUGGGGGAGGAGAAGAAUGCGGGUGAGAAAGAGAAGGGGGUUAAGAAUUGUACUUGCACACUUAGACUGGCUAGUAAGAGGCCAAUAAUGUGAAUAACACUACCGUAACGCUCCCUCCUAUAUUAGGGGGAAAGCCGGGGCCCCUAUUUAGGUAACUUCUUCGGGCCUAUUAGGAGUAUAAACUCUAUUUCCUAAUUAGCUAGAGAGGGGCUUUAGCGUAAGAAGCCUUAGAGUAGAGUCUGUAGGAGGCCUUAGAGAGGUAGAAGAAGAGAAAAGAGAG